GGUGAGGGCGGAGCCGGGUGGGGGCGGCCUUCGGCCCCCAGACCUUGCUCGGGUGCGCGUCGCGGGCUGGUUUUGUCACCCUGGGCCUGGCCUGGCGGCCACCUGGGUGCUGUCUCCUCCAGGCCGCGGGUGCACACUGCGCAUGCGCGGCCCGGGGCGGCCGCCUGGCCGCUGAGCCCCCAUCCCCCACCCCCUCCAUCUGCAAAGCUGAGGCUCAGCUGCAAAGGCCGAGCUGCGUCCCCCACGGGGCCCAGCCAGAUGCUGCAGAACCAAGGUGGAAUGAAGCACAUCAACCUGUCCUUUGCUGCCUGCGGCUUCCUGGGCAUCUACCACUUGGGGGCAGCAUCGGCCUUCCACAAACACGGCCAGAGGCUGCUGAAGGAGGUCAAGGCCUUUGCGGGGGCUUCGGCGGGAUCCUUGGUGGCUUCGGUCCUGCUCACGGCACCGGAGAAAAUAGAGGAAUGCAGCCAGUUCACCUACGCGCUCGCCGAGGAGACGCGAAGGCAGACUUUGGGGGCCGUGACCCCCGGCUACGACUUCAUGGCCCGACUGAGACGCGGAAUGGAGUCGAUCCUUCCCCCCAACGCCCACGAGCUGGCCCACAGCCGCCUGCACGUCUCCAUCACCAGCACCAGGACCGGGGAGAACGCCCUGGUGUCCAGCUUCUCCUCCCGGGAGGACCUCAUCAAGGUCCUCCUGGCCAGCAGCUUCGUGCCGCUCUACGCCGGCCUGAAACCCGUGGAGUACCAAGGACAGACGUGGGUGGACGGCGGGCUCACCGACAGCCUCCCCGUCCUGCCCGCGGGACGCACGGUGACCGUCUCGCCCUUCAGCGGCCGCCCGGACGUCUCCCCGCAGGACGAGGGCCAGCCGGGCGUCUACGUCACCGUCGCCAACCAGGACAUCCGGCUCUCCGUGGCCAACCUGGUGCGGCUCAGCCAGGCCCUGUUCCCGCCGAGCCAGCGGGAGAUGGAGUCCCUGCACCGGCGCGGCUUCGCGGACGCCGUGGCGUUCCUGCUCAAGGAGAACUGGUUCGCGUAGAGGGCGUCCGGGCACACGCCGCGGAGCCCCGUGCCGGCCGAGUCGGCGGGGGAUCGGGGAUGAGGUGGGCACACACCCUCAGGCUUCCGUCACAGCGACCGGUCUCGGCCACGGCGUGCGCGGUUUUGAAUAGUUACGUGUCCACCGGCCGCAAAGAAAGACGCUGCAUCUUAUUAGAAGCUGGCGGCGUCAUUACGGACAGAACGCGGGAUGCACUCACGUGGAUAAACUCCUGCAAAGCACGGAGACCCAAGCCAACCUCGUAGCCUCGGGGAUAAGAAGUGAGUCCCGCCCGGCCGGCGUGGCUCAGUGGGUAGAGCGUCGGCCUGCGGACGGAAGGGUCCCGGGUUCGAUUCCGCUCAAGGGCAUGGACCUUGGUUGAGGGCACAUCCCCAGGUGGGGGCGUGCAGGAGGCAGCUGAUGGAUGUUUCUCUCUCAUCGAUGUUUCUAGCUCUCUCUCCCUCUCCCUUCCUCUCUGUAAAAAAUCAAUAAAAUAU